CGGACGACUUUCAGGUGGUUCCAAUUUUUUUUCAGGUAGUCUUCAUUUUUUUUUCAGGUGGUUCCAAUUUUUUUUCAGGUAGUCUUCAUUUUGUUUUCAGUUAGUCUUCUUUGUUUUUCAGUGGGUUUUUGUGCUUCAGUUAGAUUUACUUGGGUUUCAGUUGGUCUUUAUUCUUUUUCAGGUAGUCUACAUUUUUCUUCAGGUAGUCUUCAUUUUGUUUCAGUUAGUCCAUUAUUUCUUUCAGUUGGCCCAUUAUUUCUUUCAGUUGGUCCAACUGAAAGAAAAGAAAGUCUAACUGAAAGAAAAGAAAGUCUAACUGAAAGAAAAGAAAGUCCAACUGAAAGAACACCUGGGGAGAAGCCUAUGAUUGUAGUUAACUACAAAGGUGAGGAGAAGCAGUUUGCUGCUGAGGAGAUCUCCUCCAUGGUCCUUACCAAGAUGAAGGAGAUUGCCGAGACUUACCUUGGUUCCACUGUUAAGAAUGUUGUUGUUACAGUUCCUGCCUACUUCAAUGACAAUCAGCGUCAGGCUACCAAGGAUGCUGGAGUUAUUUCUGGCUUGAACGUGAUGCGUAUUAUCAAUGAGCCAACUGCGGCUGCUAUUGCCUAUGGUCUGGACAAGAAGGCCACCAGUGUCGGUGAAAAGAAUGUGCUUAUCUUUGAUCUUGGAGGCGGUACGUUUGAUGUGUCUCUUCUUACUAUUGAGGAGGGUAUCUUUGAAACUCCGGCAAACGACGACUUCGCCGGAGUUCGAGUUUCAUCGCCGAAGAUUACGUCAGAAAAAUGA